AUGUUGGCCGCCUCCUACUGGUCACUGCUGGCCCCCGCCAUCGACAUGGCCGAGGACUCGGGGAAGUACGGCGCCUUCGCCUUCGUCCCCGUCGCGGUGGGAUUCACCCUCGGUGCCGCCUUCGUCUACCUGGCUGACCUCCUCCUGCCGGUGCUGGGAAUUGCAGACGACCCCCACCUGGCCCUGGCCCACCCUCUGGAAUCUAAGCCCCCAAAGGAGAAGCAGGAAGACCCUUUGGGGCAGACAGACGCCCCAGAGCUCUCCAUUAGGAUAGAUAAGCUGGAGAAUGGGGAUGUGUAUCAGCGGCGCAGAGGCCCCCAGGUCAGCGCGCCGGGGGACCCAGAUUCGGCCUCCAGCCCCCUGGAGCGUGAGCAGCCGGGCAGGGCAGCCAGCAGCUGGCGGCGCAUCCUGCUGCUGAUCCUGGCCAUCACCAUCCACAACAUACCCGAGGGUCUAGCGGUUGGGGUCGGAUUCGCCGCGGCGGGAAAGACUCCAUCUGCGACCUUUGACAGUGCCAGGUAGGACCCUCUCCGAGAUGAACACACCCAUGUCCUGCCAGCAGGGGGCAUAUGGGUUGAAGAAGUAUAGUUACGCUUCGUCAGUAUAGGACCUACAUUUAUAUUUCUUUCUUCUGAAGAGAGCUCUGGGCUGGUCUGUGCUAGGCUCUGCUCUGUGGUUUAAAGGGGAGAUUUUUCUGUAUACUGCUGCCCCCCUGUGGCCAUGUUGAGGUACUGUGUCCCUCCUCACUCUGCCAGUGUUUGCUUUUGAAGUAUUGCCAAAUGCAAUAAGCAGUCUGUCACUUUCUCUGUCGGCUUUUCUGUCUCUCAGUCUCCCUGCCCAGUUUCUCUCACACAGACGCUCACAGCUGCGUGUGACGUACCGUACAAUCAUUCAAAAUACAGCUAUAUGAAGAGGAUAGAUGACGAGGAAUGCAGGGUGUUUUGGACAAAACCCUCUGCACCACAGACACGUGUAGGGAUGAUGCGGAGCUGGGCAGGUUGUCAUGGAUACAAACCAACUGCUUUGAGGUGGAAAGUCCUUUUCCCUGAACAGAAAAGCCUCUAAGGCAGGAAAUCGUGGGCUUUAUUUAUGCUGACUGACAGCUGAGUUCAGGGACACUCAUCCUUUCUGGUAAUACCUCCCCGCUAAUGGUUUGGCCCCCUUCAGAUGUGAAAGGUGGGAAAAAG